CGGGUUCUCUCCUCUAAUGUUUGUUUGUUGCCGCUCUGUCUACCGGAAAAACAACCUUUGACCCGGAAGCUCAUAACGUGUUUACAUCCGGGUCACGCUGCUCAGAGACGCCGCCACUGCGUUUCUCUUCGCAUUUUUCCCAGCAGCCUCUAGGGGGCAGCAGCAGCAGUAGAAGAAGAAGAAGAAGAAGAACUGAAUCAAAAUGUCAGACGAGGAGGAUGCCCCUCCGGCCGUGAAGAAGAGUCGUGUUUUCUAUGGAAGUCUGGAGGAAAAAGAGCGCGAGCGUCUGAGUUCAGAGGCAGCGAACAGUGCGACAGGAAAUGAUGCGGUGAAGGCGGGGAUCGAGGCGGGAAACAUCAACAUCUCAUCAGGAGAGACUCUGGAGCUGGAGGAGCGGGUCAGCGAGAGGCAGCAGGAAGCACUCGCUGCGUUCGAGCGGCGGCGACGAGCGCGACAGAUCACCGUCUCCACCGACGACGCUGAGGUGAAGGCUGGCCUCAGAGCGCUUGGCGAGCCAAUCACGUUGUUUGGAGAGGGACCAGCUGACCGCCGGGAGAGACUGCGCAGCGUUCUGUCUGUCGUCGGUCCGGAUGCUUUGAAGAAGUCCAGGAGAGACGAAGAGAGAGCCAAGAGAUCACAGGACGAGUGCCAGCAGACAUGGUACCAUGAAGGCUCCGCCUCCCUGAAGGACGCUCGGCUCUGGUUGGCCAAAUACUCUCUGCCACGGGCGAUGAGGCGUCUGGAGGCUGCACGCGCUCAGAGGGAUGUUGCCGAGGCAACCAGGACGAUCCGGCAACAGGAGCUGCACAAGAGCCUGAGGAAUCUCAACAACUUCUGCAGUCAGAUCGGUGAUGAUCGACCAAUCAGCUUCUGCCACUUCAGCCCCGACUCCAAAAUGCUGGCCACCGGCUCCUGGAGUGGUCUGUGUAAGCUGUGGUCCGUCCCAGACUGCAACCUGAUUCGUACACUCAGAGGACACAACACCAAUGUGGGCGCGGUCGUCUUCCGCCCACAGGCCGGAGUCUCUCUCGACCAAUCAGAUGUCAGCUUGGCCUCGUGUGCUGCAGACGGGUCUGUGAAGCUGUGGAACCUCGAGAGCGACGAGCCGGUGGCGGACAUCGAGGGUCACAGCGAGCGAGUGUCUCGAGUGUGCUGGCAUCCUUCUGGGAGGUUUCUGGGAACGACCAGUUACGAUAACUCGUGGCGUCUCUGGGACCUGGAGGUCCGGGAGGAAAUCCUCCAUCAGGAAGGCCACAGUAAAGGAGUCCACGACCUCCACUUUCACCCUGAUGGAUCGCUGGCUGCGACUGGAGGGCUGGAUGCGUUCGGCAGGGUGUGGGACCUUCGAACGGGACGGUGCGUUGUUUUCCUGGAGGGACACCUGAAGGAGAUCUACAGCCUGCACUUCUCCCCCAACGGGUAUCACCUGGCAACAGGAAGUGGUGAUAACACCUGUAAGGUUUGGGAGCUGAGAAACAGGAAGUGUCUGUACACAGUCCCCGCCCACCAGAACCUGCUGUCUGCUGUCCGCUUCCAACCCACAGACGGUCACUUCCUGUUGACGGGAGCAUACGACAACACAGCGAAGGUUUGGAGUCACCCGGGCUGGACGCCACUGAAGACACUCGCCGGACACGAGGGGAAGGUGAUGUCCGUCGACGUGUCACCUGACGGGAAACUGAUCGCCACCAGCUCCUACGACCGAACCUUCAAACUCUGGCUGUCUGAGUGAUGUCAUGAUGAUGUCAGGAGUGAUGUCAUAGCAGCAACAGAACUUUUUUUUUUUUUUACUAUAAAGUUUUUUUUUCUGAAAAAUGCAACAAAAAAACCCUCAUGUUUCAGUGUUUUUUAAAAUAAAAGUUUCUCUUUCUAA